AUGACUACGCAACAGUUCCACCUUUUGGGCGAUGAUUCCUCAUCUUCUAGGCCCAUCGAGCUCGACACGACACUUGAUAUUGACGGUCUGAAGAAUCUCAUCGCAGCCCAUUUCGCCAUCUUUGAACCUAGCGGGGUUGGCUUCCUGAGCCAAGAUCUAACCUUGACCGAUGUCACAGAGGUGAUUACCGCGCCGGGGCCGGUUGCUAUUACCAUUGAUGGCCACGAAGUCCGAGAUCCAUGUGGCCCUGCCGGCUUGCCAAUCGUGGGAAACUACUUUGAGGUUUACCCUGACCACCUCGGCAACCAUCAACGCCUUUUUGAACAGUUUGGACCUUUGAUCAAGACAACGAACAUGGGCCGAACUAUCUAUCAGACCAACGAUCCAGAGCUUUCCGCCAUCGUCUUUGCUGAGUCCGACUUUUUUACUAAGAAGAUUAACGAAGCACAUCCGCUCUAUGCUCUGAAAACUCCAGCUGCUGGAGUUUUCCUCGGGGACACCGAUACUCCUGAGUGGAAGGUCGCUCAUAAAUUCCUUCCGCCUGCGCUCGGUCCUAAAGCAGUUCGUCACUACGCCCCAACAAUGCAGAAGACAGUUGAGGAUUCUUUCCGUGUUUUCGACGCCUUUGAUAAACAAGACGAGGCCUGGAACGUCUAUCAUUAUAUGUUGAAACUGGGCUCACAAGCCGUUGGCAAAUUGACACUUGGCUUGGAUUUUGAGCAUUUCAAUGAGCCUGAUGCUCCGCUGCAUGAAAUGGUCCACCUCAUCGCUGAAGUUCUCUCCUUGAAUAAGAAGGUCACCUCCAAAGGUGAUUGGUAUGGCCGGUUACCCUUCGGAGAUCCCCAGAGACUUAAAUGUGCAAAGGCAAGGGUUGAGCAAAUGGACGCGGCACUUAAGGCAUCUAAUAUGGUUGACUAUGCUAUUCGUGCGACCGAUAAUAAAGGCGCGAAGCUACCGAAGUCAAGUUUGGUUUGGGCGCUCAUCGUCGCGACCGGUGCUGGAUUCACUACAACGAGCUCGCUUCUCUCGUGGCUUAUUUAUGGCCUUGUUACCUAUCCAGGAAUGCAGGAAAGACUUCUGCAAGAGUUGGUCGAUCAUGGUAUUGACGAAAAUACCGAGAUUACAGCCGAUGUGACUGAUCGGCUUGAGUUCCUGGACAAGUACAUCAAGGAGACUCAACGUCGACAUAAUCCUUCGUUCCAGCCUGGUCGUACUGCUAAGAUGGACUUGAUUCUUCCUGGGGGUUACAGAUUGCCGAAGGAUGCCGUUGUGAUCCCUGCAUUGCAUCAUAUUCACAACAAUCCGGCCCUAUGGGACAAUCCUCAGAGAUUUGACCCUGAUAGAUGGGACACAGAUGCAGUGAAGUCCAGGCACAAGGCAGCGUAUAUCCCAUUCGCGACAGGCCAGAGGAUGUGCAUUGGCUUUAACUUUGCGCUUCAGGAGAUCAAGGUUUUCCUUCCAAAGCUGAUCUAUCGAUACAAGUUUACUCGUGAGGGAGAUGGACCAAUCGAAUACGAUCCCAUGUUCCAGCUAAUCCGACCAAACAACCUGUUUGUUCGCGCGCAACGAAGAGUCAAAUGGCCCCCGAGAACGGAAACGGCUUGA